ACAGUCACAAUGCAGAGUCUACGAGUAGCCAGACCCUUUUCCUCUCGCUUUGUCAAGACGGUGGCUCCCCGGGUCCAACGCCCAUACUCUACACCCUCGGCCGAACACAGCUAUGAGCACAUUCAACUCAGCACUCCCCGUCCCGGUGUUGCUCUGAUCACCCUCAACAGACCCAAAGCCCUCAAUGCCCUCUUCUCCCCUCUGAUCAACGAACUCAACACCUGCACCUCGGCCCUCGACAAAGACCCCUCCAUCGCCGCCAUCGUCCUCACCGGCUCCNCCAAAGCCUUUGCCGCCGGCGCCGACAUCAAAGAAAUGGCUCCAAAGACCUUCGCCGACGCCUAUGGAGAAGACUUUAUCGAGUCCUGGUCCAAUCUCACACAUAUCAAGAAACCUGUUAUUGGUGCUGUGAAUGGGUAUGCGCUUGGCGGUGGCUGUGAGUUGGCCAUGAUGUGCGAUAUUUUGUACGCAUCCAAGUCUGCAACUUUUGGCCAGCCGGAAAUCAAAUUGGGGAUUAUUCCUGGUGCGGGAGGGACACAGCGACUUACUCGCGCGGUCGGCAAAGCAAAAGCCAUGGAAGUUAUCCUCACGGGCGAAAACUUUUCGGGCGAGAAGGCUGAGCAGUGGGGGUUGGUUGCAAAAUGCUUUGACAGUGCAGAUGCUUGUGUGGAAGGUGCGCUUGACACGGCGGCAAAGAUUGCUGGAUAUUCAAAGAUCGCGGUCAAGGCUUGCAAGGAGGCCGUCAACAAGAGUCAAGAUUUGGGUGUCAGGGAGGGUGUGGAGUAUGAGAGGAGGCUGUUCCAUGGGCUUUUUGGCAGCCAGGAUCAGAAGAUUGGUAUGAAUGCGUUUGCGAAUAAGAAGAAGGCUGAGUGGACGCAUUCGUAG